CGCAAGAGGUAGGGAAGGGAGUCCUAAUGGCGGAGAAUGUACGGUCGCCUUUUGACUACCGGGAGCCACCGACCCUCGACAGCGACGGGGAUGGGAGCAAACCUCCGCCGCCUCGGGGCCGCGUGUGUGGGAGAAAAAGGAAGGGGACACCUGUGAAGGUGUGUGACCGAGUGUAUGUAACAGAAGAUGAGGAGGAGGAAAGCAUGUCAGAACACAGCUACAGCCCUGGUGAUGGCCAGUACCCAGAGGGUGCAGAAGAUGGUCUCCCCCCGCCAGGCAGCCCCUAUUACCUGCCGGAUCCUGCUCAACUCUGUGUGCCAGAGCUGGGGGAGGAGGGGGCGAGCGGUGUUAGGGGGCCGGUGCUUUUCCAUCCGCCGCCCAACUGCCGGAUUCGAGAAGUCCACUGUGGGACCCAGGUGCGGUUAGUUGUCAUAGCAAUCCGAGACAUCGCUAAAGGGGAGGAAAUCACAGUGGACUACAGCCUGACGGACUGGGGUGAAAAUGCCAUGGAGGAAGAGGCCGGCCCCCAUCCGCUGUCCCUCUCUGUUUCUGAUUACCUUACCCCCUCCUGGUCAUUAUCACCCUCAUCCUCUCCUCUUACCCAUUCUGAGCCCAGUGACUCAGACCGCGAAGAGGACGAAGAGGAGGAAGAUGAUGAUGAUGACGACGACGAUGAAGAGGAAGAAAUGGAGGAGAUAAGGGGAAGAAUGCUUCGCCGCCGGAAGAAGCGCAAGAUCCCCGCUGUAGUCAAUGCAAAGAAAAAGACUGUGCCCCCCGCCUCUAGAGGACCCGGGCGUCCCUGCUCAUCCUUUUCCCACCCAGCACCUGUUGCAUCCCCAGUCAGAUCCCAGUCCCAGGCCCCGGUCAGUGCACUGGCACCCCCAACCACCAAUAUCAACAACAACAUUAACAUAAACAUUGGUGGCACUAGUGGUGCCACAGUGAGCAGACGGCAGCACUGCCCGUACUGCGGCCGCCACUAUCGCUCUCUGGCACGCCAUCUGGAGAAGCACCACGCCAACCAACCAGAGGUCAGGACAGCCAUGGAGCUGGCGCACCUCCACACGCACAACUCUUCUAAUGGCAGUGCUUCACACCCUCACCCCUCGUCGUCGUCCUCCACCACCGCCCCUACUCACAGUCAUUCCUUCGCUGUCCCUCAGCCAUCUGCCUCCAGCCCCGCACCACCCUCUCUCUUCUCCAGGGAGAGGGAAUCACCAGCUACCCGCUCGAGCACAAACGCCGUUUCAUUCUCGCUCUCGCUCUCGCCGCCUUCUUCGGCUCAGCCCGCAGCCGCCAAAAAGGGGCCUAGCUUACCGCCACCCAACACGAAACGCUCAGCAUCCCCGAUGGUUUCCAGGGUAAAGAGUCCGUCACCACCUCCCCCGUCGACUCCCAGAAGAGGUCGGAGGAUGAAGAGAGAAAAGCUUGAAGAGCAGCAAAAAGUGGAGGUGGAGAGCUUGAGGAGUCAAGAGGAGCUGGUUCCACCUCCUACUCCAGAGCCAGACAUAGAUCCAGAAGAAGAUCUAGAGCUGAGCGGAGAAGGAGAAGAGGAAGCACCAGAGGAGAAGAAUGGAGAGAUUGUAAGUUCACAAAGGCAUCACAUGUCUCCACUGCUCUCGUCCCUCUCCUGUUUAGUCCUCUACCUCCGCCAGCAGCAGCACGCCUCUUUUCUUUCUUUAACUCGUUCUCCUCAUUCUGCCGAGUCCUGGCGCCAGCUCUGCCAUUCCAGCCUCUCCCUGCUCAUCCUCUACAACCGCCACCGUGAAUGUGAGGUAGCCAAGCUCACUGUCGAGGACUACCGCAAGCGGAUCACCCCCCAACCAAUUUCCAGCAACAGCUCCCCCUCUGGUAUGGAAGCCCUCCUGUCCCCAUUUGAGCGCCACGUCCUCUGUCAGCUUCCUCGAGCUGGUGUUUUGGGGAAGCGUGGACGCAUCCAGCCGCUUAUUUUUCCACCACACUGUGAGUCCUGCUUGGACCUACUUCUUCAAACCAGCCCCAAUGUGGGUGUGGACCCGGAGAGCCCCUACGUCUUCUCCCGGCCCUACCAUUCUCCUGCCACCCCACUCCGGGGCACAGACCUGCUGAGAAACCUGGCACGAGCCAGUGGGGCCAAAAACCCCGGAACAAUGACGGCGACGCGUGUGCGUCGACAGGUAGCCAUCCUUACCCAACUGCUACUGUUAGAUGAGGGUGAGGAUCAGGGUUCUGCAACCAAACGCCUAGAGGACUUCUUAGAACGAGAGUACCACGUGACCCAGAACUGUUCUAGUAUCAAUCGGGAUCCAACACUGAUGGGUCGUGUGGGUCGCGUUGUUCUUUAUGGAGAGAAGGAGGGCGUGCUUUUCCGUGGGAUGAGCCUGAAACACAUCUGCCUUGAGCUGGACGUUAUGUCUGGCAACUCGGCAGACUCCUUUUCAGAAGAAUCGGCGGCAGAAGAAGAGAAGGAAGAAGUGAAGGAGAAGCCUGAGGUGAUAGUGAAGAAGAAAGGACCAGGGCGACCCCCACGGAAGAAGAGAGCACCUAUGCCAUCACCAGUCAGCCCAACACUAGCCAAUGUUCAUAAGAGGAGAUGUAUUCCACCCAAAUCAGGGAAGCGUGGCGUACUGAAGCGUCCCUGGUCAGAGGCGGAGCGUGUAGCAGUAGAGACUCACCUAAAAAGAAACCUCAUGGAGCUGCGCGUUCCUGCAAAGGCGGAUUGCGAGCGCUGCCUAGAACUCUGCCCCCUGCUGGUGAGCAACCAGCGAGACUGGAGGGCUAUCAAGUUUUAUGUGCACAACCGCAUCCAGCUGCUGAAGAAGCAGGGAAGGAGGGAAAGCGCCGCCUCGGUCUGCUAGGUCAAAGACUGAGGGCCAAAAGAGGACACAUACCAUAAUGUAUAAACCACCAGCAAUCACAAAGAAGAGACAAAACUCUGGGUUGUGGUGGAGUGCAGCUUCUCCUUUUCCUUUCUUUUAAGGGUGCAGUUAGAUGCAUUCCCAGUGUCAUCACCCUGGUUUUAAGGGAUUAGUGUAAUAAAACUGACUAAGCUAAGAAGACAAAUAGGUUUCUCCAAUUGCAGGACAUUCGUACGCAAUGUCGGGGAUGCCCUUUGUUUGUUUUUAAGAUCUGUUGUGAAAGCAUUUGGACAAGAUGUAAGUGUGAUUAUGAGUUCAGACAGUGAAUCCUUUUUUUUUUUAAAGAUUAUUUUUAUGUGUUUUUUAACUUUAUUAAAUAGUUGACAGUGGAGAGUGGUAGGAAAUAUGGGAGGAGGUGACAUGCAGCAAAGGUUUCCGGAGUGAUGCGGUAUGCGCUUUAGACCACUAGACCACCAGGACACGCUACAACAGACAGUCCUGAGUCUAGUAUUUGCUUCCACUGAAGGCUGAUGACCAAACAUGAAUGUGUAAAGCUUUUCGGAAGAAGAAACCAAUGGUUCCAAUCUUUAAAAAUCCCCACAGACUACAUGUCAUCUGAACUGUAGACAUGUAUGAACCUGUAUAGUUUGUGUUGAUACUGACUGACAUUGUGCCCCCCCCCCCCCCCCCCCCCCCCCCCCCCAUGGCUCCCAACUGACAAGUGUAUUAUUAAAAAGUAUUCUUCAAAGUCCUGGCCAUGAUGCACCUGUGAAGGGGUUCUUUCAUACCUCUAUACCAUGAUCAUAGUCAGACUAGUAUGUAUCAAGGCACGCUUACUUGAAUUUAUUGUGUAUCAGAAUGGGAAAAAAACAACAUUAUUUCAGAGUCAACAAUAUGGUCUUAUUCACAGUGUAAAUACUUAAUAAUCUAUGAAAAGUAUACAGUAGUGAUUAGAAAGUUAGUAUUGUGUUAUUGUGUACAUACUGUAAAUACUACCUGUACUUAUUAAAGUGAAUGACAUUU